UAUAUAAAGCUCGCUAACCAAAUUUUCAAGACCUUUAGUGAUAUUUAAAGUCUCUGCACAGUCUAACUUUCUCCCGAACCUAACCAGAGUUCUUCACUCUCCUCAUCAUUUUCCCCCAUGGAAAAUGGUGAGCAACCACUUCUAUCAUCGAUUGAGGAUGAGUCCCAUAAUUCACAGAUUCACGAUCACGUUGGAUCCAGCACCGGAAUCCAAUACUUUUUCAGGGAAAUCUGCGUGGAGUCAAAGAAGCUUUGGUACUUAGCCGCUCCGGCAAUCUUCACUUCCAUUUGCCAAUACUCACUCGGUGCCAUUACUCAAGUAUUUGCUGGGCAACUCGGAACUACCGAACUCGCUAUGGUUUCGGUUGAGAACUCCAUCAUCGCUGGAUUUGGUUCUGGCAUCAUGUGGGGCAUGGGAAGUGCACUAGAAACCCUUUGUGGGAUAGCAUUCGGAGCAGGUCACCUCGAGAUGCUUGGGAUUUACAUGCAAAGAUCGUGGAUUAUCCUCAACGUCACUGCUCUGUUGCUGAUGUUUCUUUAUAUUUUCGCAACACCAGUGCUGAAAAUCAUCGGCGAAACAGACGAAAUCUCAGAGGAAGCAGGCAUUUUUUCGCUGUGGAUGAUCCCGCAGCUCUUCGCUUACGCGAUGAACUACCCGCUUACAAAGUUUCUGCAGGCACAGAGCAAGUUCAUGGCCAUGGCCGUGAUAUCGGCGGUCACGAUGGUGUUGCAUACUGUCUUCAGUUGGCUUUUGAUGUUGAAGUUAGGGUGGGGAAUGGUGGGGGCAGCAGUUGUGCUGAAUUUAUCGUGGUGGUUCAUUGUGCUGGCUGAACUAGUUUAUAUUUUCUCUGGGGCAUGUGGUCGAGCUUGGACUGGAUUUUCAUGGAUGGCCUUUCAAAAUCUUUGGGGAUUUCUCAAGUUAUCUCUUGCAUCUGCCUUAAUGCUCGCAUUGGAAAUUUGGUACAUGAUGGCACUAGCUCUCUUUGCUGGAUAUUUAAAGGAUGCUGAAGUUUCGGUAGAUGCAUCAUCCAUAUGUAUAAACAUUCUGGGUUGGACAAUUAUGUCAGGAUCUGGACUCAAUGCAGCCGUAAGUGUAAGGGUGUCAAACGAACUGGGUGCAGCCCAACCCAGAGCAGCCAAAUUCUCAGCGGUGGUGGUCGGAGCGACUUCCUCUCUCGUAGGUCUCUUCCUCGCCCUUGUUCUCAUCGUCUCUGCGAAGCAGUACCCUUCCUUGUUCUCAACUGAUGCCCAAGUCAAAGAGCUUGUAUACGAGCUCACCCCACUGCUAGGAGUCGCCAUUCUUCUUUACAAUCUGCAAUUUGCUCUCGCAGGGGUGGCCAUUGGGGCAGGGUGGCAAUCCUACGUCGCAUAUGUGAACCUGGGGUGUUACUAUUUGGUUGGGAUUCCAACGUGUCUGCUUAUGGCUUUCAAGUUCAACAUGGGGAUUCAGGGAAUCUGGUGGGGAGUUCUGGUAGGAUCAGUUCUAGAAGCCUCGAUUAUCUCGUGGAUCAUGUACAAAACUGAUUGGAAUAAGGAGGCUUCUAUUGCUGGAGACAAGUUGCAACAAUGGGGCGGAAAAACAAUUAAUGACACAGAAUUUUAAGAAAGAGCUGAUCGAAUUAAUUCACAAAUAGUAUGUGCACAUCGAUCAGGACUGCGUAGCAUAGUUCUGAAUACCGUUUCGGACAAAGUACCGGUUUUUCUACUGGUACGGUACGUACCGGUACCGGUCAGGUACCGGGUACCAUUUCGGAUUUACCGCAACUACAAUAUAUAUAAUAAUUAUAUAUAAUUAUAAUUCAAAAAAAUUCCCAAUAUCAUACAAUUCAUCAUAAAAUAUCUCUAGUCCCACAAUGCUUAGUUAC